CUGAAUCAUUUCAAUUUAAACUGUUGAACGAGAAGGUUUGCAACAUGCGUUUGAUUUGUGUCUUGCUCUUGGCGGCUGCCAUGCUGCAAGUUAGUGCGGCAAGCAACAAAGUGAGCUGCAAGGAUGAAGCUGGCCACGAUGUCGACUGGUGGUACAUGUACAAGCUGCCCAAGCACUACACCAAUGAUCCAGGUCAGGGACACGAUGUGUCCGGCCAGCGUUACUUCUAUGUCACCAGCUCAGCCUACGACAGCUGGCAGCUCUCUGGACGCCGCAUAGCCGAUGACAACUCGCUGCCUGGCGAGACUUUGCGUCCUCUCUAUGCCGAUGCUCAGGUGCUGCUCGCCGCGUACAACGAUGAGUUCCCUAAUGGCACGGUCUCUAGCACCGGGGGACAUACGAAAGGUGUUAUUGCUACCGAUGGCACCACAGGAAUGUGGCUGGUGCAUUCGGUGCCCAAAUAUCCGACUGUGCCCCAGUACAGUUAUCCCACAACGGGCGAACACUUUGGUCAGAGUUUGCUCUGUGUCACACUCGAUGCUGAGGGCGUGGAGAAGGCGGGCGAGCUGUUGGUCUACAAUGAACCUCACUUUUACUACGAACGCAAUCCCUUGUUGCGUCUGGGCGAACAAUUCCCAAGUUUGGAGCGUGCGUUGAAGCGUCAAUGGCGCACUGAGGCGCCGUAUCAGAAGGAGAUCGAGGUGCGUUCGUUAGGCGGCAAACAGUUUCGUCUCUUUGGCAAGAGUUCCCGGGCCAAUGUCGAGCUCUACAACGAUGUCGUGGCUCCGGCUCUGGGCGUCAGUCUCUUUGUCGAGGCUUGGCGCGAUGGUGCUGGCAACUUGCCCGACAGUUGCGACACGGGAAACAAAGUCUACAACGUCGAGGAGAUUGCCAAUCAGGAUUAUUUCAUUGGCUUCAAGACAACCGGCGAUCAUUCUAAAUGGGCUGUCUCCCAAGAGUCGGGCAUUCUCUUGCAUCGCUGGCGUGUCGGUGGCGGUGAUUGGAUCUGUGUCGGCGACAUCAAUCGCCAGCAAUCACAGCAUCGGCGCGGCGGUGGCACAGUGUGCCACAAAAGUGCUCGCGUCUCGAAUCUCUAUCGCAAACUUGUCGCCAAUUACGAGAAAUGUAACUAAACGAUUAAUGCUUUAAUAAAGUUCAAUGCAAUGCUACGGUAA